GUAUAAAAAAAAAAAAAAAAAUGGACAUCCCUCUAUCCAUAUGACGCUCCUUAAAAGUGUGAGAAGCGAAUUUUCACUUCGACUUUAAACGGAGAAAGAAUAAGAAUCACCAAAGCUCCUCCUCCUCCACACAUAUGCCUGGAAAGAAGUACCAUCCAUUUUUCAUCCCUCGUCCAACUUAAAUUUCAACGUGCGUCACUUUACGAUAUCUGCGCUUCUGAAUUCGGCCCCUCGCGGUACACCGCUCGUUUUCCCUCACCCACGAUUAGGUGUCUCCCCCAGUAUACACAACUGCGCUGCGAUCCCCCCCUGUGGAACCAUGGAAAAGGCCAUCAAAGAACGAGUGGAAAAAUGGAAAAAGGAAAACUCCGCUGAUGGAAAGGAGGCGACGAACGAAAACGCGUAUGAAAAUCUGACGGAGCUAAUCCUAGACGGGAAAAAGUUCAGUGCAAUCAAAAGCGAAGACGUAGAGUUGCUAAACAAAUUUACCCACCUAGAAAGACUCAGUCUAAACCAAACAGGAAUACAAACCUUGGAGAAUCUACCCAAAAUGGAGACCCUAAAUGUGCUGGAGCUAACGGACAAUCACCUAAGCACAGUAGAUGUGUUAAAGUACAUCGUGGAGACCUUCCCAAAUAUAAAGACCCUAGAAAUUGGAGGGAACCACUUCAAAAAUAUGAAAGAUUUUGAAGCGUUGAAGGAUUUGAAGAACCUAACCCGUUUAGGUGUGCAGUUUAACCCAUUUGCAGAUGACCCCAACUAUCGCAAAGAAUUAUUUUCAUUCCUACCGAACGUUAAAAUUAUAGACUGUUACAACAAGGAAGGGGUGGAAGUGCUAAGCUCUGAUGAAGAGGAAGAUGAAGAAUAUGAAGAAGAUAAUACACUCAAGAAUUUUUAUGAAGCUGAUUUUAAGGAAGAAGAUGAAGAGGAAGAUGAAGAAUUUGUCCCAAAUGAGAAUGAGGAUGAAGAGGAUGAUGAACUGGAUGAUGACUUGGAGGAGGAGGAGCUCGACGACUUAGGGAAAGAAGAUUUAGAUAAGGAGGAUUUAGAUGUGGAGACAAAGGAUACUGACAACCCCCAGAAGGAAGAAAAAACGAAUAAGAGGAAGCAGGACGCCGUGGAGACUGCCAACGAGACGGAUGUCAAAAAGACAAAGGUGGAGUAGGUGUGCGGUGAUCUUUUAGGUUUACCACCCAUGAAAGAGGCGUGUCUUGGGGGUACACACCACAGUAGCAGGUGUGUGCUGCGUGGGGGGAAGGGAAGAAGAAUAAUCCUCUUGCCUCCAGCGAAAUGGCUAAAUUUGUUCGACCGCUCCUUUUAUGAACCGUGGCAAAUGUGUGCACUUCGCCGUCGCGCGCAGAUAUAUAUUUAUGCGUACAUAUUUAUGCGUACAUAUUUAUGCGUACAUAUUUAUGCGUACAUAUUUAUGCGUACAUAUUUAUGCGUAUAUAUUUAUAUAUAUAUUUAUAUAUAUUUAUAUAUUUAUAUGCUUAUAUAUUCACCCCUACACAUGCCUACCACGUGAGCGCACCCGUACGUGUUUUUUCCCCCGGGGGCCUGCGCAUCGCGUUUUAAUACCCCUAUUUUACGCGUUUGCGUUCCCCCCCCCCAACGUCAAUUACACAUUUAAUCCUUUUUUUUUUUUUUU